CAGUCAUGCAGGAAAACUUCAGAUUUGCCUCAUCGGGAGAUGAUAUUAAAAUAUGGGAUGCUUCAUCUAUGACACUGGUGGAUAAAUUCAAUCCACAUACAUCGCCACAUGGAGUCAGCUCAAUAUGUUGGAGCAGCAACAAUAACUUUCUAGUGACAGCAUCUUCCAGUGGUGACAAAAUAGUUGUUUCAAGUUGCAAGUGUAAACCCGUUCCACUUUUAGAGCUUGCUGAAGGGCAAAAGCAGACGUGUGUUAAUUUAAAUUCCACAUCUAUGUAUUUGGUGAGUGGAGGUCUAAAUAAAACUGUUAAUAUUUGGGAUUUAAAAUCAAAGAGAGUUCAUCGAUCUCUUAAGGAUCAUAAAGAUGAAGUAACUUGUGUAACAUAUAAUUGGAAUGACUGCUAUGUGGCUUCUGGAUCUCUGAGUGGGGAAAUUAUCUUGCACAGUGUAACCACUAAUUUAUCUAGUACUCCAUUUGGACAUGGUAGUAAACAGUCCGUUCGGCACUUGAAAUACUCCUUGUUUAAGAAAUCACUGCUGGGCAGUGUGUCGGACAAUGGGAUAGUAACUCUCUGGGAUGUGAAUGGUCAGAGUCCAUACCAUAACUUUGAAAGUACGCACAAAGCUCCAGCUUCGGGGAUCUGUUUUUCUCCUGUGAAUGAACUGCUGUUUGUAACUGUAGGACUGGACAAAAGGAUCAUUCUUUAUGACACUUCAAGUAAGAAGCUAGUGAAAACUUUAGUGGCUGAUGCUCCCCUGACUGCGGUAGAUUUCAUGCCUGAUGGAGCCACUUUGGCUGUUGGGUCUUCCCGUGGGAAAAUAUCUCAGUAUGAUUUAAGGAUGUUGAAAUCUCCAGUGAAAACCAUCAGCGCUCACAAGACAUCUGUGCAGUGUAUAGCAUUUCAGUACUCUACUGCUUUGUCUAAGUCAAGUUUAAGUAAAGGCGCUUCAAAUAAGCCCAUGGCAGUGAACAAACGAACUGUCAAUGUGAGCAACACCAGUGGAGGAGCUCAGAAUUCUGGAAUUGUCCGAGAAUCCGCCACCACUUCCAUUACCACAGUUCCACCACAGCCCAUGACAACAGUUGUGGGGAAAGGAGCAGUUGCAGUUCAAGAGAAAGCAGGUUUGCUUCGAAAUAUAAACACAGAUAUUUCACGGAAGGAAACAGACAGUGGAAAGAAUCAAGAUUUCUCCAGCUUUGACGAUACUGGGAAGAGUAGUUUAGGUGACAUGUUCUCACCUAUUAGAGAGGAUGGUGUAGUUAACAAGGGAUAUGAUGAGCCCACAGUCAAAGGAGAUGGCCUUGAUUUUCUACCACAAUUAAACUCAGUUUUUCCUCCCAGAAAAAAUCCAGCCACUUCAAGCCCUUCUGUAUUACACUCUAGUCCUCUUAAUGUCUUUAUGGAGUCUCCAGGAAAAGAAGAAAAUGAAAAUCAUGAUCUGGUGACUGAGUCUAAGAAAUUGUAUCUAGGCAAACAAGAACCUAAAGACUCUUUCAAACAGUUUGCAAAGUUGAUCUCCUCUGGUGCUGAAACUGGACAUUUAAAUACCUCUCCCUCAUGUAACCAAGCAAGAGGUCCUGAGAAAUUUGAGAAGUCAGAGAAAGAAAUAGAAACCCAGUUGAUAUACGAACCCCCCGUUGGUGGGUCCUCUACGCCAAAUCCAAACCUAGCAUCCUCUGUCACUGCUGAAGUUGCCAGCUCACUGUCAGGAAAAAUAGCCGACACCAUUGGAAAUAAUCAACCAAAUGCCCCACUGACAUCUGUUCAAAUCCAUUUUAUUCAGAACAUGAUACAGGAGACACUGGAUGAUUUUAGAGAAGCAUGCCAUCGGGACAUUGUGAAUUUGCAGGUGGAGAUGAUAAAACAAUUCCAUAUGCAGUUGAAUGAAAUGCACUCUUUGCUGGAAAGAUACUCAGUGAAUGAAGGCUUAGUGGCUGAAAUUGAAAGACUACGAGAAGAAAACAAAAGACUCCGUGCUCACUAUUGAAAUUUCAAUGCAUACCUUAAUAUUUUAUAAAUUGUGAUGUUUCUAGUAAUACAGAACUACCUAAAAUCAGUGUUGUUUUUAUGGCCUCUGGAAAAUUUUGCUUUCACAUAAAAGAAUGAUGAUGGACUUUUACACAAAUUGUUAUUUCAUCUUCUCUGACUUAAAAAUGGUUUAUUUUUAUAUGAAAAGCAAUGUAUAAUAUGUCACCUGCC